UCCACACACCCAAUCUCCUUGCUUGUCUGUGUCCUCUCUCUCUCCGUCUGUCUCAUCCUUCCGCCUUCUUGCAAGCGCGGCUGCGUCGUCUUGCUAGCCUGCAAAAAGGUGUCCUACGCUCUGAAAUUCCCGACGCUGGCAUUGGAAAGCAAGGCCUGGGCUCCUCCCUUCUUAGCUGCCUCGCCUCCCACUUCACUGCCCCUUUCAGUUGCUCUCCGAGAGAUCGAGGAUUAAGGUUGUACUUAAUUCUGUGCUCUCGUGUAGCGAGGUGUUUGAUUCUUUGCAACCCUGUCGUAGGAGCCAUGGCCAGCAUCGCUGCGAGCCGCGCCGUUGGGGCGACAUGGAGUGGGGCCGCGCUGCAGAGGGACGUGAAGCUGAGGAGCCUCGGGAGCGGGUCGAUUGCCUUGGCUGCACCGAAAAUGGGGAGGGUGAGUGCUCCGAGCGGGUUGCAUCUGAGGGCGAGUGCGGGAGCUGGUGCCAUGGACGGGGGCAUGUUCCUUCCAUUGGGCGGGAAGGGUUUGAGGUUGAGGAGCGAGAAGGAGGAUAGGAGCAUAGUGUGUGGAGCAGAAGUGGGAGCGUCUGGAGGUGCGGAGGUGUCUGCCCCGCGGGAAUUGAACUCGUUCGAGAAGGUGGUGGACGUGUUGACGACCAUGUUUCCUGUGUGGGUUAUCCUCGGGACGCUCAUUGGAAUUUACAAGCCGUCCGCGGUGACAUGGUUGAACACGGAUUUGUUUACGCUCUGCUUGGGGUUCCUCAUGCUCUCCAUGGGGCUCACACUCACUGUGGAGGAUUUUAGGCGGUGCCUGCGCAAUCCCUGGACCGUGGGGGUGGGGUUUGUCGCGCAGUACUUGGUGAAGCCCGUGCUCGGGUUCGUGAUUGCCCAUGCGCUGAAAUUGUCCGCGCCACUGGCGACAGGGCUCAUCCUCGUCUCUUGCUGCCCAGGAGGCCAAGCCUCCAAUGUAGCCACUUACAUCUCCAAGGGUAAUGUGGCGCUCUCUGUGCUCAUGACUACAGCUUCCACCAUCGGCGCUAUCUUCAUGACUCCCUUGCUUACUAAGGUUCUUGCCGGACAGCUGGUGCCUGUAGACGCGGUGGGAUUGGCUGUGAGCACAUUCCAAGUGGUGCUCAUGCCGACCGUUGUUGGAGUGGUCGCCCAUGAGAUGUUUCCCAAGAUCGUCGAGAAGAUCAUCACGGUCACCCCUUUGGUCGGUGUGAUCAUGACUACAUUGUUGUGCGCAAGCCCCAUCGGACAGGUUUCUGACGUUUUGGUUGCUCAAGGAGCGCAGCUUAUCCUGCCCGUAGCCCUGUUGCAUCUGGCAGCUUUCGCUCUUGGAUACUUCAUGUCGAAGAUGUUCAAGUUCGGAGAGUCGACCUCGAGGACUAUCUCGAUUGAAUGCGGAAUGCAAUCCUCUGCUUUGGGAUUUUUAUUGGCACAGAAGCAUUUCAGCAACCCCUUGGUGGCUGUUCCCUCGGCUGUGAGUGUUGUGGCCAUGGCGCUCGGCGGAAGUGCUUUGGCUGUGUACUGGAGAAAUCAGGCCAUUCCUGCUGAUGACAAGGACGACUUCAAGGAAUAGUGAUCCACACUUUUGGUGAUUACAGUGAGGUUUUUAUUUUCUUUUCUCCUCCCCCCCCCAAAAUUUCCUCCCAUUUUUCUCCUCCCCCCCCCAAAAUUUCCUCCCAUUUUUCUCCGGUUGCAUAGAAACAUAGACGCCUCUUUAAAGACUGCUGGUGCCGUUCCCAUCACAGGUUUUCAAAGGUUUACGAUGGGUUAGAUAAGUCUUCAUACGGUUAUUGUGGGGGCCCCUCGCUUACCAUGGUAGACACUACAUACACAAAGAACUGUUCUUUGUGUUUGUGUGUUUUUUUUUUUUUUUUUUUUUUUUUGUCAUUAACCGCCGUUAGCGAUAGCCGCGCAUGCAUGUUGUAUCCAUGAGUCUGUAACAAAUGUAAGGUAAUCUGGAUCCCUCAUCUCUUCUGAUCUUCAACUAUCAUCAGGGGGCUCGCCCCUUACAUUUCUAUUCUCCAUUUUCUCAAAGCCAAUGGCUCUAUAUUAAUGUCAAUCGGAGAUGUGUUAAGGAAUCUCUCUGCAUUGCGGAUAAAAUGCGGCGUUCUUCUA